AUGAAAAUUUACUUGCCGCUUAUCGCAACAGAAGAUGUCAUUGUUCAUUUUAUAAAACAACAAAACUCGACGCUCGAAUCCGGUGACAUUAUUGGAGUUCUCAUUCUUGAUGACUCUAGUCAGUUCGUCACGCGUUACCUUUUGAGUGAAUUUCUUGCAAUGAAUCCGCCCGUUCUAGUUGAUAACAAAGAAAUAUU